CCAGAGGGCAGUGUUGUUCUGCCUCUCAUUACCAAUUACUGUGAUUGUGCUAAAUAUGUUUUUAUUUGUUGUUGUUGUUGUGUGUUUUAGGUUUCUGUAAGUCAUGUGCACAUGCUGCUGAUGGAUGAGAUGAGAAAUGCCAUCCCUGUUUUUUCACAUCAUUACCAGGAGCACAGCUGCAUCCUUUCACACGCUGAUAAAUAACCCCCACUCUGACACACACACGCACGUACGCGCCCGCACACACACACACACACACACGCCCACAUACAUAGUUCUCUCUGACUGGACCUGGAGCCCUGACAGUGAUCUCCCUGCACAUGUGUGAAGAAGCGUCUUCAGUUACCACCCUGCCUCUGCACACACAUUAGUUUGCAAAGGUUAUUUUGAGCUGCAGACGUCCUUCUGUAACCCAGCAAAAUAAUAGGAGGAGUCGAGCUCUUCACUGUCCAUUCUGUUCCUCGGAGCUCAUUACUGCGGCUGACGGAGGGGGGGAAAAAAGUAUUCUCUCUGCAUGGAACUUCAAGUUGGAUCCUCAUUUUAAAGCGAUGGAGAACGGGCCUCUGCAGGUCUUGACCUUCCCCACGGCCCCUUACCCCGACCAGAGACCAGGAGCCAGCGGCCUUAGGAAGAAGGUUUAUGUGUUUCAGUCCAAGAGGAACUAUCUGCACAACUUCAUCCAGAGUAUCUUCUCUUCCAUAGACCUGCCUGACCGUCAGGGUGCAACCCUGGUGGUGGGAGGAGACGGACGUUUCUUCAACAGCACAGCUAUCGGGGUCCUCGUUCAGAUGGCAGCCGCCAAUGGGAUUGGCCGCCUUAUCAUUGGUCACCAUGGGAUGAUGUCAACGCCAGCGGUGUCCUGUGUGAUCAGGAAAUACAAAGCCAUUGGUGGGAUCAUCCUCACUGCCAGCCACAACCCUGGCGGACCCAAUGGAGACUUUGGCAUCAAAUUUAACACAGCGAGUGGAGGUCCAGCCAAGGAGGAGGUCACGAGCAAGAUCUACCAGCUCAGCAGAACCAUCGAGGAGUUUGCCAUUUGCCCCGGAUUGAGUGUGGAUCUGAAAACGCUCGGCAAACAGGCGUUUGAUCUGGAGAACAAGUUCAAACCCUUCACAGUGGAGAUAGUUGACCCUGUGGAGUCCUACGCCAACCUUCUGAGGAACAUCUUUGACUUUGCGGCUUUGAAGGAACUUCUAUCUGGCGAGAAUCAUAUCAACAUAAGGCUGGACACCAUGCAUGGAGUGCUGGGACCAUAUGUGAAGAGAAUACUGUGUGAGGAGCUGGGCUGCCCGGCAAAUUCUGCCAUUAACUGUGUCCCGUUGGAAGACUUCGGCGGUCAACCGCCCGAUCCGAACCUUAUGUACGCCACAGACCUGGUUGACAGCAUGAGAGACGGACAGUAUGACUUUGGAGCAGCGUUCGACGGGGACGGGGACCGCAGCAUGAUCCUGGGUAAGCACGGCUUCUUCGUCACCCCGUCUGACUCCGUGGCUGUGGUAGCCGACAACAUCUUCUGCAUCCCGUACUUUCAGCACACGGGCGUCAGAGGCUUUGCCCGCAGCAUGCCCACAAGCACGGCGUUGGACAGAGUAGCCAAAGCAACCAAAAUAGAGCUGCAUGAAACUCCCACCGGCUGGAGGUUCUUUGGGAACCUGAUGGACGCCGGCAUGCUGUCUUUGUGCGGAGAGGAAAGCUUUGCAACAGGCGGGGACCACAUUCGCGAGAAGGAUGGGCUUUGGGCUGUGCUGGCAUGGCUGUCCAUCAUCGCGGCCAGACGGCAGAGUGUGGAGGAUAUUUUGAAGGAUCACUGGCUAAAAUAUGGAAGGAAUUACUUCACAAGGUAUGACUAUGAGAACGUAGACAUAGAUGCGGCGUGUGACAUGAUGGAGGACCUGGAGAUUCUGAUCUCUGACAAGUCCUUCGCGAAGCAGAGAUUCGCGGUCGGGGACAAAAUCUACCAGGUGGAAAAAGCCGACAACUUCGAAUACACCGACCCGUUGGACAGCACCAUAACCAGGAACCAGGGACUGCGGAUCAUCUUCUCUGAUGGCUCCAGGAUCGUCUACAGACUGGGUGGGACGGGCGCCGAGGGAGCCACCGUCAGGAUCUACAUCGACAGCCACGAAAGGAAACUCCUAUUUGAAGAGACGCAGGUGAUGCUGGCACCCCUGGCGACCAUUGCUCUGAAGAUUUCUCAGCUUCACCACAGGACGGGUCGAAUCGGCCCGUCGCUCAUUACGUAAACCCUCCCCCGGAUGCCCUCAACUUGCAGGAAUUUCUUUUCUUUUUCUGUUUUGUUUUAUUGUUCUGCCUUUCAUUUUUGUAUAAACAGAGCAGGAAGUCAAAGAGUGAAAGCACUGUGUGCAACAGAUGAAAUUUCUGACUCAUAUUUGUAGUUUUCCUCAUGCAUCUGGUAUGUAAUCGAGUGUGAUAUUUUUGUUUUGUUUUGUUUUGUUUUUUUUGCCAUUUAUCUGCUUUGUGCUUAUGGAUUUUUAUCUCGGUUUGGUUUGUGCCAGAUCAGAGUAAGUAAUUAUUUCACACAGCAUGUCUCUGUUUCCUUCCACUGUAAUUGUUUUCUUAAUAUUAGGACUCGGAAGAAAGAUUGUUUUCUGAAGACUACUAUCAGCUGAAUUUCACAUAAUCAAGCCAGCUACAUACUGUAUUUUAUACAAUGUUAUAUUUGAAUACAGACACUGCCUCAGUUAAAAAACAUGAUAAUAAAACAAGACAAAAACAAACUUCUUUCUUUAAGCUUCAAACUUAAAUCGUUUAUGCUCUCUAAUUUGGGGAAAUUAAAACUCCUCAGCGAAUAAUAACUUAAAACUGAGCAAAAACCAGCCCACCAUUAAAACCAGCACUCCAGAAAAUUAGAAAAUACAAAAACAAGGCAGCAUUUCAUUAUAUUGUUCACCAGAAAAAAUUAACUCUUUUUUUCCCUCUGUCAUCAUGAAUAAACCCACGUUUCUUUGUACCGUG